CUGAAUAACAAGUUGAACUGAGUUUUAUCAAGGUGCCGUGAAAGUUGGUCUAAACAUACAUACCUGCAUAGGCAGACAGAACGUGCGGUGAACGCAUAUCACAAGACCGUACAGAAGUACAAUCAAAUUAUACGUGCAAAGACCUCUAUGGCGUUGCAUAUGUAGGCAGGACUGAGUCGAUACAGCAGAAACCACAGAUGCUCGCGAAGAGCACGGUGAGGAAAAAAUUGGCUGUGAUCCGACAGCGCAAGAGUAGUCUGAAUCGAGUUUCGCAGGAGCAGAGCUCCGCGAGCCGCGAAGUCAACUGAGGGACAGUCAUCCGCUCGCACGCGCCAUGAAACCACUCUCGUCUUCCUACAGAUCGGAUGCUGUUCGAGCCCGCCACAUCCGCCUGACGCUACCGGUGUCCUCGAGCAAGAGCCGAGCACUGCGAAGACGCUAAUGGUGGGCACGUACGAGCAAGAUGACCGCCCUGUCCCCGCGACGUGUUCCAAAGCUGCACCCCGACCCUCCGCCUUCACAUGGCCGACCGGUACAGGCAAAUGUCAUGGCCCACCCACAAGCAAAACGAGGCCGAGACCCUCCCGUAAGUAGAUGGAAGGCCAUGCUACGCCUUCUCCGGGUAUGCGGGAUGCAGCUGUGUUUCUGAUACGUCGCGCCAGCCUGUGAGGCUGGGACCCGGCUGGGGCCGAUCGAGGGGGACCGCUCAGACCUUGGCCCGCUCACGAAAGCAGACGCGUGUAGCGUCCUGUACGUUGUGAGCCUCGCGGCUUUUGCGCUGUCGGAGGGAGAG